AUGUUGAUCCUCCUGGUGUUUCUGGUAGACAAAAGAGUUACUCUGAGCUGUCCUGCAAGUGAUGCCUUCCCUAUUCCACAUGAGUGGUACCAGCCUGGUGACCUUGUCAUUGGUGAAAUGGUUUCUCAGAUGGUUUACCAGUUUUUUGGAAUUCCGUUUAAUCAACAUCCUUUUCUAAACCUUUACGAUUCACCAAAAUCGGUUCAGAGAGUUAAAAUUGGAAAGUUAGAUCCCAGUGUUCCAAAUGGAAAAGAACUCAUCAUUGAGGAGAAGACAAUCCUUUGGCACCCUGGUUUUAACCAGGUUCUUCCUGUUUCUCUUUGUAAUGGCAACUGUUCUCCUGGGUACUGGAAAAAAGGGGCUGAAGACAGACCAUUCUGCUGCUAUGACUGUAUUCCAUGCCCAGAUGGGAAGAUUUCCAAUCAAAUUACCAACAACCGGGCCCUCACCUACACCCUCCUUGUCUCUCUUCUGCUCUGUUUCCUCUCCUCGUUGUUCUUCCUCAGCCAACCUGGCCAACUGACUUGCCUUCUCCGACAAUCUACUUUUGGCAUCACCUUCUCAGUGGCCAUCUCUACUGUCCUGGCCAAAACCAUCACUGUUGUGGUGGCUUUUAUGGCCACGAAACCAGGAUCUCGGAUGAGGAAAUGGGUGGGGAAAAGAUUGGCCUUUUCUACUGUCCUUUCCUGCUGUCUCAUCCAAGUAUGUAUUUGUGCUCUUUGGUUGUCAACAUCUCCCCCAUUCCCUGAGUUAGACAUGCACUCAGAAGCCAAAGAAAUGAUUUUGGAAUGCAAUGAGGGUGAGGGUUCAGCUGCCUUCUUCUACUGCGUCUUGGGCUACAUGGGGAUCUUGGCCAUCGCCAGCUUUAUUGUGGCUUUUCUCGCCCGUAAACUGCCUGACAGCUUUAAUGAAGCCAAGUUCAUCACCUUCAGCAUGUUGGCCUUCUGCAGCGUGUGGGUGUCCUUUUUUCCAGCCUAUCUGAGCACAAAAGGAAAAGCCAUGGUAGCUGUGGAGGUCUUCUCCAUUCUGUCCUCCAGCGCUGCAUUAGUGGGAUGCAUCUUUUUGCCAAAAUGCUUCAUCAUUGUUUUCAGGCCUGAGCUCAACCAAAGGGAACAACUCAUAAAGAGGAAUUAG